UUUUGGAUUUAGUAUAGUGCCAGUUGGGGGGGCGGUGACAUAUUUUUUUCGUCAUCGUCCUGUAAUAAUUUUAGAAAUUUUCAUGAAAAAGUAAUCGUCAGUGAUUUUGAGUUUCUAUAACUAGUUUAUGUCAGGACUUAGCGUGAUGAUGGCGGGACAGACAAUAAACGAUAGGCUUUUAGCCGCACGCCAUAGUAUUGCUGGCCAGGGUUUAGCAAAAUCUGUAUGUAAGGCCACAACCGAAGAAAUGAUUGCACCGAAAAAGAAACAUUUAGAUUAUCUAGUCCACUGCACAAAUGAGCCAAAUGUGUCAAUACCACAGCUUGCCAACCUCCUAGUUGAGCGGACACAGAACACUAACUGGGUGGUGGUAUAUAAAGCCCUUAUCACAGUGCAUCAUCUUCUAGCAUAUGGAAAUGAAAGGUUCACACAGUAUUUGGCGUCGAGUAAUUCGUCGUUUCAACUGAGUAAUUUUCUAGAUAAAAGCGGCGUUCAAGGCGCUGCCGGUGCGAGGAUUGGCUAUGAUAUGUCACCGUUUAUCCGUCGAUACGCGAGGUACCUCAACGAGAAGGCCCUGUCGUACAGGACUGUCGCGUUCGACUUCUGCAAGGUUAAGAGAGGGAAAGAAGAAGGCUCCCUUCGUAUGAUGAAUGCUGAGGAGCUGCUCAAAACUCUACCAGUGCUCCAGGCUCAACUCGAUGCUCUGUUGGAGUUCGACUGCACCGCCAACGACCUCACAAAUGGUGUUAUAAACAUGUGCUUCAUGCUGCUCUUCAGGGAUCUCAUCAGAUUAUUCGCGUGCUACAAUGAUGGUAUCAUAAAUCUGUUGGAGAAGUACUUCGAUAUGAACAAGAAGAACUGCCGGGACGCUCUCGAUCUCUAUAAAAAAUUCCUUAUCAGGAUGGAUAGAGUUGGCGAGUUCUUGAAGGUUGCAGAAAAUGUGGGUAUAGAUAAGGGUGACAUUCCCGAUUUGACUCGCGCACCCAGCAGUCUCCUUGACGCCUUGGAAGGACAUCUUGCCACAUUGGAGGGGAAGCGCGGUUCAGCAGCUAACACUCCCACACAGACGGCCAGUGCCCAAAAGAACGUAGCCAAUGUAAUGGGAGCUUUAUCAUCAACAUCGUCAUCGUUUGGCAACGCGGCCGCUUCAAGCCGUAUAGACUCGCAGGCCAACGGGUCACUGUUUAUUGACGACUCACUACGUCAACAAGCACUCGCCGAAGAAGAGGCCGCUAUGAACCAGUAUAAGGUCCACUUAUUCCAAGGUGAAGAGGUGACCGGUGAAGAAGAUGUUAAACAGAUUUCUCAGCUAUUUAAUAAGGUCGCUUCUCCAACAAACUCUGCAAACAACCCGUUCUUAUCAUCUCAACCACAGCAGUCCCAGAACAUUGUUGAUUUGUUUGGACCGACCCCGGCGGAAACAAAUACUACAAGCAAGGCCUCUGACGAUUUAUUGUCUCUUGGUAAUCCCUUCGCGGACAUGUUCGGAGGUGGAGCGGCCCAACCGCAACAGCAACCUCUCUGGCAACAAAGCAACGGUUUCACGGCAAGCUUCCCAGCCGCAAAUGCGAACGCAUCGAGCGCGAAUACGUUCGUCUCUGAGGCUAGCUUCACUAACGUUUUCAGUAACACUGACACUACAGCUGCCGCAAACCCAUUCAUGGGUAUGGGAGACCCACAGCCGGUAUCUGCUUCUCCUGCCCGACCCCCGCCCCCUAACGUCCAACCAAAUUCCGCUUUUGACGAUCUUGAAGACGUCAUGCGUAUGUCAUUGGGUGGUUCCCCGGCGAAACAGCAGCAGCCUGCCCCAAUGGCCGCUCAACCGUUUGGCGAAAUGGCGAUGCCAAUGCAACCAAUGGGUCAACCUGUCGGGCAACCAAUGGGUCAACCCGUCGGGCAACCAAUGGGUCAACAGAUGAUGUUCGGGUCGCCAGCGCGUCAGCCAAUGAUGCCCAUGGCAGCUAUGGGACAACAACAACAGCCAACCCAACCAAACAAAGUGUUAACUGGCGACUUGGAUUCGUCGCUCGCGCAGCUUGCUAAUAACCUGUCUAUCAAUAAAACUGCCACCGCCCCGAAACCAAUGCAGUGGAGUUCGCCGAAGAAUGCGACAAAGCCUGGCGGUGGCUGGAGUCCGCAGCCAAUGCAAGCCACGACAGGAGCUAACUACAGACCUAUGGGCCCCGGCAUGAACAUAUCGCCAAUGCCUCAUACGUUACCUCAUAUGUUUCACCCUCCACAUUAUGUUAUGGAGCAGACAACAAACCAGCAACAACCGGGCGUGGUAAUGGGCAUGAAUGCGUCACCAAUGAUGAUGCCGGGUAUGACUCCAAUGCGCCCGCCAAUACCACCACAACCAACAAACCACUUCACUUAAACUGUUAAUUUAGUGUUUAUAUCUAGAGUCUUAUUCCAUUGAGAUUGAACCUAUUUUUGUUUGCAAAGAUGUUACCUGGUUAGCUCCUGAAAAGUAAUGUAUUUGGAGCGCAAUAUCUCAAUUUUUUUCUGGCACAUGGCUGGAAUCGGAUAUAAUAUCGUCACGAGACAAUGUGUACUAACUUACAUUGGGCACAAUAAUUAAUAUAAUUUUAAUAAAAUUAAUAAUGAUUUUAAAUCAGAAUUUCUCAAUUGGCAAUUUUAAAAAAGGCUGGACUAGUGUGGAAUAUUGGCAGUUAAUACCUAUUUAUAUUUAUUUUCCAAAAUUGUAGUCGCUCUUACAUUUUCUACACAACCAAUUAAGGGAUAAUUUGUCUGUCUAAACUCGAUGGCAGCUAUCGAUGUUUAUAUGGAUCCUUAAUAUUUACUUAACAUAGUCACAGAUUAUAUAAAACGUCACAUGCUAUAAGUAAUGUGUGUAACGUUAUAUAGUCCUUGUAUAUAGGAUUUACUGUUUUCGAUGGCACCUGACAUUUGUAUCUUAACCUGAGUACCAGUUGUUUGACCAUAUCAUUGGAAAUGUUGCCAUAUACAUUAUUUAUUCACAACUUUGCCAACGUUAACGGUGCUGUCAAAAAUGUCUGUGACGUAUAGAGACGAUAUGCGCUUAGGUUCAAAGAGUACUAUAUCUGGUAGGAGAUUUUUUAGUUUAGAAAUAGUUGAGUCAUUAUCGUUUGUAAAUAUUAAAUUUCACUAUGGGCGCUUCUUUUGAUCUUGUUAUGUUUUGCGACAUUAUUGUACCCGAUUAACAGUAUUGGCUUUCUUGUUUAAAUGAGGAAUUUGAUUAUAUAAUCAAUUUCUCUACCUUAUAAAAACGUUUACAUUUAAUUUCUAUUGUAAUUAUCAUGUCACAUUCCAUAAAUAUUUUUUAGUUUUUCACUUUAUAAAUUUUUAAAAUGCAAAACGUAAUUUUUAACUCGCUUGGUUCUUCGAUAUAAUAUUAAUUUCUUUCUAGAGUUGGGUAUUUACAAUGUUUAAAAUUUGGUUAACUUAAAAAUAUAUUAUAGGUGCUGUUCUAUUAUUAACGAUUGUAAUGUUUAUUUUUGUUUAAUGAAAGUUACCAUCUUUAAUUUCAAAAAACAUAAAAAUGAUUAUUCAAAUAAUAAAAAUAUGAUCGGGAAACUUUGGUUUUGCAUGAAAAGCGUGUGAUUCAAUGCUCUGAAUUAAAUUGUUAUUCUCGUUACGUAGUGGUCCCAAUACUUUGAUCAAAACAUUUUAAUUUGUGAUAUUGUAUUAAAGACUGUAGUAAGUAUUAGCUAUUUUUUCGUCCUAAUCGCUUAAGCAGAGUAUUGUAUCGGUGUUGUCGUGUAUAUUAUGCUUGACAUUUAAAAAAUGCUUUUCAGAUGGCAACACUGGGGUUCAUCGCAUAGAUUAUAAAAUUAUCUUGUAGUUGUUUAUGAUAAUGUAGCAAAUCUUUAAUCAGUGUAUUAUUCAAUAUAGUUGAAUGCACUUAUGUGUAAAUAAGAUAUAGGUGUUACAUUUAAUAUUCCAUAGGAAUAAGCCUGUUACAUGCCCUUGAAUUUUGUGUGCUAUCAUUUAAUAGUACAAUUAUUUUUAUAUAUUUAAUGAACUUGUAAAAUUUUCGUUUGCGGUGUCCAUCUACUUAGGACCAUUAUAUUUGUAUUAUGACAAAUUAGUCAGUUCAUUUGCUCAUACUUUUGUGCAAUACAAUUUGUCCGUAAAUCUUGACAAGGCAAAAAGUCUUUUCGGUAAUCGACUACGUUUUGUUCCAGUGAAUUAACUUUCUUUUUUAAAUUCUGUGAUUAUGAACUUUAGUAUAUCGCUAGGAGACACAAAUAUAUUUUUAAGAACUCUACGAUCUAAUUUUGAAUUUAUUUACUCAUUGAAAUCGUUAGUUGUAUAUUUUAUUUGAUUAUGAUAUUUUGUCUUGUGUUUAUUUUUAUGUAAAUAAUCAACAUGCUAUUUUAUUUGCUAGCUCUGUCGUGCCUUGAGAUAUUUCGUUUAUUUAUGAGGAAAUAAAAUUUAUUGAGAAGUG